AUGAACCUCGUGGGCAGCUACUCACACCACCACCACCAUCACCACCCGCACCCCGCGCACCCGGUGCUCCACGAGCCCUUCCUCUUCGGCCCGGCCUCGCGCUGUCACCAGGAGCGGCCCUACUUCCAGAGCUGGCUGCUGAGUCCCCCUGACGCUGCUCCGGACUUCCCAACCGGCGGGCCACCGCCCACAGCAGCGGCGGCCUCUGCGGCUUACAUCCCGGACGCCCGGUCCGGCCAGAGCCCGGGGAGCCUGGAGGCCCUCGGCGGCCGCCUGGGCCGGCGGAAAGGCUCCGGACCCAAGAAGGAGCGGAAGCGCACAGAGAGCAUUAACAGCGCGUUUGCGGAGCUGCGCGAGUGCAUCCCCAACGUGCCGGCCGACACCAAGCUCUCCAAGAUCAAGACUCUGCGCCUGGCCACCAGCUACAUCGCCUAUCUGAUGGACGUGCUGGCCAAGGACGCACAGGCCGGUGACCCUGAGGCCUUCAAGGCCGAAAUCAAGAAGGUGGAUGGCGGUCGCGAGAGCAAGCGGAAAAGGGAGCUGCAGCAGCACGAAGGCUUCCCUCCUGCCCUGGGCCCAGGCGAGAAGAGGAUUAAAGGGCGCACAGGCUGGCCACAGCAAGUCUGGGCGCUGGAGUUAAACCAGUGA